GACAAAUUCAACAUUAACCGUGCUGUAUUGAUAUAAAUUAAAAACAACAUUACAUAUAAAACUGUAAAUCUCUAUCCACGAAAGAAAAUAUUACAAUUUCAAUUCGCGCCUCCUCCAUCAUGACUCAUUCACGAAGUCAGCUGACCCAAUCCUUGGGAACUGGCUCUCACAACAGCGAUGGAUCGAGAGCUGUGAACUUCACACCAGACUCAUUCGUCCUGCAGUGAGGAAACUGGUGCAGGACAGGACAAUAUGCUCAGGUGGAUAAAAGCGAAUACGCAUUUUUAGCCGACUGAGGGUUGACUGUAUCGCGUUAAUCAUGUCGGACUCCUCAGAAGCCUCUUUACCCGCUUUCAGGCGCUUGAGUUACUCAGUGGGGCAUUUUCUCAACGACCUGUGCGCCUCUAUGUGGUUCACAUACCUGCUGGUGUUUUAUCACUCAGUGCUGGGCUUUCAGAACACAUAUGCGGGUGUGUUGCUGCUAGUGGGACAGAUAGCGGAUGGAGUGUGUACACCGCUCAUCGGUUACGAGUCUGAUAAGACACCCGGCUGUGGAUCAUGUGGGAAGAGAAAAACAUGGCAUUUAGUCGGAACCAUUAGCGUCCUCCUGUCGUUCCCCUUUAUAUUUAACCAGUGCCUGGGCUGUGAUCUGGACACUCCGCAGUGGGUCAGUCUCACUUACUUCACCCCCUUCAUCGUCAUCUUCCAGUUUGGAUGGGCAGCCACCCAGAUUUCCCAUCUCUCCCUCAUUCCCGAGCUGGUGACUAGUGAGCAUGAAAAAGUGGAGCUCACUGCGUACAGGUAUGCCUUUACGGUGAUAGCCAACAUCACAGUGUAUGCAGUGGCCUGGCUGAUGUUUCAUUUUCAGACUCAGGAAGGAGAUGAUCCUGCCAUUACGGAAAACCUCGGCCCGGUUGACAUCCCUGUUUUCAGAGGUCUAAGUCUUACAGUAGUGGGCAUUGGAGCUCUGUUCUCGCUGCUCUUUCACCUGGGCACACAGGAGAAGGGGGCACGUCCCCGUCAGGAGGAAGAGGGCUCUAGUCCUGGGGAGCGCCAGCCUCUUCUUAACAACACCACUGUGCCUCCUCCCACCAGUCUGCUGCAGUGGAAGCACUGGCUGAGACAGCCAUCAUUCUACCAGGUGGCUGUGCUUUAUAUGUCCACCAGACUGAUAGUGAACCUGUCGCAAACAUACAUAUCCAUGUAUCUCACCUACACACUACUGCUGCCAAAGAAAUACAUAGCCACCAUUCCCCUGGUCAUGUUUCUGAGUGGUUUCGCUUCCUCGUUUAUCAUGAAGCCUCUAAGCAAGCUAAUAGGCAAAUGUAUCACCUAUUUUUUGGGACUGUUGCUGAUUCUUGCGUUCUCCUAUUGGGUGCUGCUGGACACACACAUGGGAGACCGGGUGUAUGGUGCAGCGGUCUUGCUCGGAGUGGGGUCUGCUACCAUCCUGGUGAUGUCACUUGCCAUGACAGCCGAACUCAUAGGAGACCAAACACAAAGUGGUGCUUUUGUUUAUGGAGCUAUGAGCUUUACAGACAAGGUGGCUAAUGGUCUGGGAGUUAUGAUUAUUCAGACGCUACAUCCCUGCCGCACAAUGGUAUGCUGUCCAGGCUGUGUGUGGUAUUACCACUAUAUCAUGGUCAUCGUCACUGGUGGAGUGGCUGUUUUAGCAGCGCUGAGCCUCUGCACGAUCCUUAUCUGGCCUAUAAAGAUAGUGCGCUUAUCUAUGCAAGAUCAUAUGAAUGGUUCAGUAAACAGCAAAGACUUUAAGGAUCUGCCUGAGGUGAGUGGCCUUAUGGGAAGUGAUACAGAGGACUCGGAGAGCUCAGAGCAGCCAUCAGUCAACUGAACACACAUCUUCAGCUCUGAUGCAGAGAGCGUUUGGUUGACACUUACAUCACAGUGGUGAAGGUUAGAAAUCAGGUUUUAGUUCAGAAUGAUCUGUCACACAGGCCGGUGUUUGCUAAUGUAGACGAUAUGGUGGCCAUAUCUUGACACAUGAGAGGUGAUUAGUUGAUAUCUCUCAUGUGUCCUGUAUUGUGGCUUUUCAUUUCAUAGUUCUCACUUAAACCAGAACUCUGCAUUGACACUUUAUCUUUAUAAUGCACAAUUUUGUCAUGUUUAUCAUUUAAAAUUAGUUUUUAUUUGUGAUUUUCUAAAUUAAGUUAUUUCAAUCAAAUCCAUUAAAACAAGGGAAUUCAUUUAUAGAAGGACUCUGCAAAACUAUUGACGUUAAUGCAAGAUGCACAUGUUAAGAUGGAUGCACAUUUCAGGCUAUAUUAAUAAAUCCAUUUACCUGUUCCAUAAGGGAAUUUAUGAAAAGGGAAGAAUUGCUAUUUUGAAUCAGGGGACAUGAAGCCAUGUGUUGUCAUUUCAGGACAUAUUUUCAGGUGUGUGAUCACUGCUAGGGACCAGAGAGUCAAUGAUGAGUAUUUUUCCCCCUCUGUGACCAUAAGCUUUUUAUUUUCUUUCAUAUUUUUAUACAUGCAUAAUUGUUUCCAUAUGCAAGACAACUGUGUCUGACAUGUUUUCUGUUCAUAUAAUUUACUGAACAGAAUAAAUGUUCUUUAUGAACAGA